UGCACUACCUGUGGGCCGUCCGUUGCCACAGGAGGCUCUGCACAGCUCAUUUGCAUACUUUAUGACUGCAGGCAAAAGGUGAUGAUCAGAUUGAGGAAAAGACAGGAGAAGUGUUGCGUGCGAGUCUGACCGCGUCCGUCGUUUAAGGCUCGGAGAUGUGCUGAUGGCUGAGGCGCAAACAGCUCGCAGGGUUUAUUAAGUGGGCCAGUUGCCAUAGCGACGCUUUGGCAGGAUAUUGCCAGGAUAAGCUGUAAUGGGUCUCCUGACACAGUUCUCUCUGCUCCUGUGGAAGAACUUCACUCUCCGGAAGAGACAAAAGGUGCGGUUGGUGGUUGAAGUAGUGUGGCCAUUGUUUCUGUUCUUCAUACUGGUGGGGGUGCGCUCCACCAAUCACCCAAUUCACAAAGGUCAAUGUCACUAUCCAAAUAAAGCAAUGCCAUCAGCUGGUGUCCUGCCUUGGCUUCAAGGUAUGAUAUGCAACAUGGAAAAUCCCUGUCUGAGCUACCCUACGCCAGGAGAGACGCCCGGCCAAGUCAACAAUUUCAACAACUCUAUAAUUGCCACGAUGCUGAUUGAGGUGCAAACCCUCUUGAAGAACAAACCCCUUCUCCACAGGAUGCAACUCCUUGCAGAUAAUUUUGACCAAUGGACUUCAAUCCUAUCAAAUGUUAAUCCAGCUAAUGUGUCCCUGUGGGGUGGUCGAAGGGACAAUGUGUCACUGACAUCACAAAGUCUCCUUGAUGCUACAAAUAAACAACUACCUUUGGCUUUGGGUCAAAAUCCUGCUGAGAUGCUUGUACUGUUGAGGAAUACCAGUGAAAAUAUGCUACCACUGCUUCGAGAGAUUCAAAGGCUGCAAAGCACCGGGGUCUUCGAGGCUGUUAGCUUGUUGAAUUUCCAAGAGGACGCCAUUGGCAGUGUCAGUAUGCUGCUGUGCGGGAAGCUGAAAGACUUCAAUUCCACCCGUGUGACCCACAGCACACCAUCAGCCCAACAAAUGGCCAACAUCAACUUAAAUUCCAUUAGCAAUAACAAUUCUGGUACAUUUUGUCAGGGUCUUGUCAGCAUGUUGGAGACCUCACCUGCUGUUUGGAGUGUCUUCAGGCCUUUAGUGCUUGGGAAAGUCCUCUAUGCUCCGGACACACCAGCUGCUCACCUCAUUGUGAAAGAGGCAAACAGCACGUUCCACGCUUUGGCCAUGUUGAAGGAGCUCGCGGAUAUGUGGCCAGAGCUCGGCCCACAGGUCUGGGAUUUCUUUGACAACAGCAGCCAGAUAAAUACUCUACGGGCACUGCUGGAGAAUCCCGUGUUUGCUGCAGCCCUCAACCAGCGUCUGAAUGGGACGGGACUGACAGCCGAGCUGAUCGCCAACUUUCUGUACAACGGGCCCCCAGAGGAUCGACCGCCCGGAAUGCCGCCCUACGACUGGCGGGAUGUUUACAACACCACCACCCAAAUGCUGAAGCUCCUCUCCAACGUGCUGGGGUGUUUGGAGCUGAAUAAGUUUGAGGCUGUCAAGACUGAAGGCCUGCUGGUGACCAAAGCUUUACAGCUGCUGAACAACAAUACGUUCUGGGCCAGUGUUGUUUUCAAAAACCUCGAUGCGCACUCCAGCCGCCCUCCCCCUUAUGUGAGGUACAAAAUUCGCAUGGACGUCGACAAAGUCGAGCGAACCAACAAGCUGAAAGAAAGGUCAUGGUCACCUGGAGCUAGAGACAACUCCUUUAACAACCUACGUUAUAUCUGGGGAGGCUUCGCUUACCUGCAGGACAUGAUGGACCAUGGCAUUAUCGGGGUGCAAAUGCCACAGACCAAAUCCUAUGGCGUUUUUGCCCAACAAAUGCCAUACCCGUGCUAUGUGGCUGACAGGUUCCUCCGCUCACUGGCUGGCUCUCUCCCGUUAUUCAUGACUUUAUCCUGGAUCUUCUCUGUGGCCAUGAUCGUUAAGGGAAUAGUCCAGGAGAAAGACACAAGGCUGAAGGAGACAGUGAAAAUCAUGGGCCUGAAUAGUGCCAUCUAUUGGUUGAGCUGGGCGGUGUCGAGUGCACUGCCACUAUCCAUCAGCGCCAUCCUCCUUAGCCUUGUCGUUAAGUACGGGAAAGUGCUUCAAUACAGCGACCCUUCAGUAAUCUUUGUCUUCCUCCUGGUGUUCUGUUUGGUGACCAUCACUCAGUGCUUCCUCAUCAGCGUCUUUUUCUCAAAGGCCAACUUGGCCGCAGCGUGCGGCGGCCUCAUCUAUUUCAUCCUCUACCUGCCGCACAUCCUUUGCUAUGCCUGGAGGGACGUCAUGGGUUUUAGAGCCAAGAUCGCUGUGAGUUUAUUAUCCUGUGUGGCAUUUGGCUAUGGCUGUGAGAACUUUGCCAAGUACGAAGAGCAAGGCAUCGGUAUUCAAUGGUCCAACAUCAUCAGGAGCCCUGAAGAGGGGGAGCGCUACUCCUUCAUCAUAUCCAUCUUCAUGAUGCUGUUUGAUGCCGCUCUUUAUUGGGGACUCACAUGGUACAUUGAGAAUGUCUUCCCAGGACAGUAUGGAAUCCCUAAACCAUGGUACUUCCCCUUGAUGUCGUCUUACUGGUGUGGAACAACUUCAGUGACUGACGUCGACCCCAGUCAGCUGAAGGACUCCAGCACACCCAACGGCUUUCUGGAGAACCCGCCGCCAAAUAUGAAAGUCGGGGUCUCAGUCCGCAACCUUGUCAAAAUCUAUAAGACUGGAAAGAAGCUGGCUGUGGAUAAUCUGAGCGUGGACUUCUACGAGAAUCAGAUCACAUCGUUUCUCGGACACAACGGAGCUGGAAAAACAACAACAAUGUCGAUUCUAACGGGACUGUUUCCACCGACUUCAGGAACCGCCUUCAUUAGCGGAUACAACAUUCAGACCGACAUGGACAGCAUCCGGAAGUACUUGGGAAUGUGCCCUCAGCACAACGUCUUGUUCGAUGAGUUGACAGUGGAGGAGCACAUUUACUUCUACGCCAGGCUGAAAGGACGCAACCUUGAUGAGGUAAACGCUGAGAUGGAUCAAAUGAUUCAAGAUGUCGGUUUGCUCCACAAACGGCGGGAUCUCGCUAAGAACCUGUCAGGUGGGAUGCAGAGGAAGCUGUCAGUGGCCAUCGCAUUUGUCGGUGGCUCAAAAUUCAUCAUCUUGGAUGAACCGACGGCAGGAGUGGACCCGUAUGCCCGCAGGGGCAUCUGGGAUCUACUGCUAAAAUACAAACAAGGUCGCACCAUCAUUUUAUCCACCCACCACAUGGACGAGGCAGACAUCUUGGGCGAUCGCAUUGCCAUCAUUUCUCACGGAAAGAUGCGCUGCUGUGGCUCCUCCCUCUUCCUUAAGAAAUGUUUUGGCAGCGGCUAUUACCUCACGCUGGUUCGAGCAGACGCCAAAAAGAUGCAAGCGCAGCGAAGUGGUGUCACCAACAGCAUGGUCAAAGAGGAGAAAGCCUGUUCUUUGAAGCAGAACGGCCUGGAAGAGGGCAUUGGCAGCCAAAGCUGGAGCAACUCUGAUCCAUCAGAUUUGACAGCCGUGGGUCAGCUCGUGCGGCGCCACGUCCCUGACGCGGUUUUCUUGGAGAGCAUCGGUCAGGAGAUGACGUUCAUCCUGCCCUAUGGUGGAGCCAAAAAUGGGACCUUUGCCGUGCUCUUCCAAGAGCUUGACUUGGCGAUGCAUGACCUUGGCCUCACCAGCUAUGGCAUCUCUGAUACCACACUAGAGGAGAUAUUUUUAAAAGUGGCAGAAGAUACAGGUGUGGAUACAGAGACACCUGGCUCUACCACUGUGUCUUGCAGAACAGCAGCAAAGGAGCUGCUGGCGAAAGUCCACAGAAGACGAUCUGGCAAAUUCAAGAGGAACAGCAUCGCCAGCGUCCAAGCAUCUGCAAUGAAAGAUACAAAGAAAAGUGUCACAAAUACAGUGGAAGAUGUACAGCAGAGCAGGAGUGGGAGGGGAUCUGUGGUCAUCACCGGCGGGAAGCUGAUCAGGAGGCAGUUCCUGGCGCUCUUUAUAAAGCGCUUCCACCACGCCCGGAGGAGCCGUAAGGGACUCAUUGCUCAGGUGGUCUUACCUGCUGUUUUUGUGUGCCUGUCUCUGAUCUUCUCAAUGAUUGUCCCGCCCUUCACUGAAUAUCCAAACCUGGAACUCCAUCCCUGGUUGUACAAAAUACCUCAGACCACCUUUUACAGCGAUGAUAUGCCUGGUAAUGCUGAGAUGUCUCGAAUGGUGGAAUCCUUGGUGAACAACCCUGGUUUUGGGACUCGAUGUAUGACUGGAGAUCCAAUACCGACGUUCCCAUGCGCCCCCGGGGCGUCCAACUGGUUCACUCCAUCUGUGGAUCAGUCAGUCAGUGACAUCUUCCUCAAUGGCAACUGGAGCAUGUCUAAUCCCUCCCCCUCCUGCCAGUGCAGCACUCCUACACGCGCUGUCAUGCUACCUGACUGUCCUCCAGGUGCUGGAGGACUCCAGCCCCCUCAGAGGGUCCAAAACACAACAGACACAUUGUUGAAUUUAACCGGUCGGAACAUGACAGACUUCCUGGUUAAGACUUACGAGCAUUCUGGGAAAACAAGGUACGGUGGGAUCUCUGUUGGUGCCUUGAACUCCCAAGUCUGUCUGACUGAGGCUGAAAUCGAUGAUGUGCUCAAGGAGCUCAAAGGCUUUUUUCAGGAUAAUGCGACUGAUCAGAUCUUCCAGAGGGCCGAGGUGGUACUGAAGAAGCUGGGAACCAAGGAAAAUGUCAAGGUGUGGUUCUACAACCAGGCCUGGCAUGGCAUGGUGUCCUUCCUUAAUGUAGCCAAUAACGCCAUCCUGCGGGGAAAGCUGCCAGCAGGGGAGGAUCCUCGCCGUUACGGCAUCUCCGCCUCCAAUCAUCCUCUCAACCUCACCAAGGAGCAGCUUGCCUUGGUGGCCAUGGCCACGACCUCUACUGACCUGGUGGUGUCCAUCUGCGUCAUUUCUGCCAUGUCCUUCAUCCCUGCCAGCUUUGUCCUCUUCCUCAUCCAGGAGAGGGUGAGCAAAGCCAAACACCUCCAAUUUGUCAGCGGUGUGAACCCAGCCAUCUACUGGUUGGUCAACGUUGCGUGGGACAUGUGUAACUACGCCAUCGCCUGUGUGAUUGUUAUUGUGAUUUUCCUCUCCUUUCAACAAAAAGCUUACGUUUCACCUCCAAACCUUCCUGCUUUGAUUCUACUGCUUAUUUUCUAUGGGUGGUCCAUCACCCCAAUGAUGUACCCCGCCUCCUUCAUCUUCAGCGUUCCAAGCACAGCCUACGUGGUGCUGACCUGCAUCAACCUCUUUAUUGGUAUUAACAGCAGCGUGGCCACAUUCAUGAUGGAGCUCUUUCAAGAUGACAAUGUUGCCCGCAUCAAUAACAUUAUGAAGCAAGUGUUGCUGAUCUUCCCACAUUUCUGUCUGGGUCGGGGGCUUAUUGACAUGGCAAAGAACCAGGCGAUGGCCAACCUCUUCAGCAGUUUUGGCGAGGACCGCUUUGAGGACCCACUCAGCUGGGAGAUGGUGGGAAAGAACCUUUGUGCAAUGUCCAUCCAAGGGGUUGUCAUGUUCACCUUCACUCUUCUCAUCCAGUACAAGUUCUUCUGCAAACCGAGGCAUAUUUCAACAAAGUCAUUAUCUGCGGAGGUCGAGGAUAUUGACGUGGCUCGGGAACGUGAGAGGGUGUAUGAAGGCGGGGCCCAUAAUGAUCUUCUGAGGAUCUAUGACCUGACCAAGGUAUACCCUCGGAAGAGCACCCCCGCUGUGGACCAGCUAUGUGUGGGCGUACCUGCCGCGGAGUGUUUCGGCUUGCUGGGAAUCAACGGGGCUGGAAAAACCACCACGUUCAAGAUGCUGACAGGAGACAUCCUGGUCUCCAGCGGAGAGGCCUUCCUAAACGGCUUCAGUAUACGAACUGAAAUGCGGGACGUCCACCAGAAUUUGGGCUACUGCCCCCAGUUCGACGCCAUAGAUGACCUGCUGACGGGACGGGAGCAUCUGGAGUUUUACGCCAGGUUGCGAGGGGUAGCAGAAAAAGAGGUCGCCAUGGUGGCUGAGUGGGGAAUUCAGAAGCUGGGUUUGGUCAAGUAUUCCAACAAAUCAGCCGGCACCUACAGCGGAGGAAACAAACGCAAAUUGUCCACAGCGAUGGCCUUGAUUGGGUGUCCUCCAGUCAUAUUCCUGGAUGAGCCGACCACGGGGAUGGAUCCCAAAGCCCGCCGCUUCCUGUGGGACUGCAUCCUGAGUGUCAUCAAAGAGGGUCGCUCAGUCAUCCUCACAUCACACAGUAUGGAGGAGUGUGAAGCACUUUGCACACGUAUGGCCAUCAUGGUAAACGGCCGCUUCAAGUGCCUCGGGAGCAUCCAGCAUCUCAAGAACAGGUUUGGUGAUGGCUACACGGUGAUCAUCAGGGUUGGGGGUUCUCCUCCUGACUUGAAGUCCAUUGAGGACUUUGUUCAACAGGCUUUCCCUGGCAGCAUACUGAAGGAGAAGCAUCACAACACUUUGCAGUAUCAGUUCCCGUACAGAGAGGGCGCCUUGGCCACCAUCUUCAACCAGUUCUCCUGUCAUCAGCAGAGGUUUUGUGUGGAGGACUAUUCUGUAUCCCAGACCACUCUGGAUCAGGUUUUCGUCAGUUUUGCGAGGCAACAGCAUGGGGAGGAGGACUCGCGUUGCUAUGACAACCCAGUGUACACCUCCAGUGAACUUGAGAUGGAACCUAUGAAGACCAAAAACGUGAUGAAGGUGUAAUGUCACCAAAUGAAAGACAGCAAACAUUGUACUGGCCAACAAUAAGCAACACAAUGAAAGCAAAGGCAUAGACUUGCCAGAUCGCUAGUAAAAGGCUG